AACCGAGUUCAAGACGCAGGUCCGGAACGCCACCGCAGUGUUUAUCAUCAACCUGAGUGUCUCCGACCUCAUGUUCUGCUGUUUCAACCUGCCUCUGGCUGCCUCCACGUUCUGGCAACGCGCCUGGCGUCAUGGCAAACUGCUGUGCCAACUCUUCCCUCUGACCCGCUACGGCCUUGUGGCUGUGUCGCUCUUCACAGUCCUGGCCAUCACUAUUAACCGCUACGUCAUGAUUGGCCACCCCCGACUCUACCCCAAGUUAUACAAGAAGCAGUACCUGGGCCUGAUGGUAGCCUGUACCUGGAUGUUCGGAUUUGGCGCCCUUAUUACAACCUGGUUCGGAAAAUGGGGGAGAUUUGGCCUCGACGCCCGGGUUGGGUCCUGCUCCAUCUUGCCGGAUUCACACGGCCAUUCACCUAAAGAGUUCCUUUUCAUUGUCGCUUUUGUAAUUCCUUGUCUUGCCAUCGUGAUCUGCUAUGCACGUAUCUUUUACAUCGUCCGCAAGACAGCACUCAAGUCCCGUCUCACAACACGUAACAAUACAGUGACAACGAAUCAGUCUGGUAGUUCCGGUAUCGCAGGAAGCAGCAACUCUGAUGGGAAAAUACGUCGUGGUGAAGCUGUUUCUGGCUACGAAGAUGUUACUGUUUCUGGAAAAAUUAUGAAGAAGUGUAACUUCUCUCCAGAAGAUUCAGCUUUGGGCUCAUCGAGUACCGGCCCAACAAUCACCACUGAUAAAGGAUCGUCUUUUAUAGAGAAUGGACACACAACUCCUCCACCUUGCAACAACAAUAAGUCUUCUUCAGGUCUUAAGAUUCAGACCGUUGACAACGUCUUAAGCGAUGGUAGCAGACCUGACAGUAUCCAUCUAGCACCAAGUUCCCGUCUCCUUUCCCCGCCAUCCCCAAGUCACCUGAAACUUCCUCUACAGAAAAGGAUCCUUGGGGAGCCGUCCUCAUCGUCAGGUGUUGAGACAGGCGCUACAGGGAAUGACGAGUAUGACAAUGAAGAAGGUGCCUCUAGCAGUCGGAGUGCAACGCCUACGUCCCUCUGUAGCUCUUCCGUAAUGGACCCAUGUGGGACCACAACAUCCUCUUCAGCACCGCAUAAUGGUUUCUCCCAUCGGUCCAGAAACCUGAAUCGUAAGGGACGCCGAAAGGAAAAAGGGACGCCGUCAGUGGCUGUUAAUUCAGCCCUUUCUCACGUAGCAAAUGUUUUCAGCCGAGGAAAUAAAAUGAAAUGCACUUCAAGUCCUCGUCGCCAAAGUGCUUUUACAGCUUCACCUGGACUAGCGACACCUGGUAAGAUGACAGCCAAAGAUAAGAAACUUCUGAAGAUGAUACUUGUAAUCUUUGCUUCAUUCGUCAUCUGUUAUCUGCCUAUCACAAUCAGCAAGACUUUCAAAGACACUAUUGACAUUCACGAACUGAACAUAGCUGGAUAUGUACUCAUCUACUUGACGACAUGCAUAAACCCCAUAAUUUAUGUUGUUAUGAGUUCUGAGUACAGACAAGCCUACAAGAAUUUGCUGAUGUGUCGGGGGUAUAUUCAGGAAGCAGCGUAUCCACAACAGCCUGGAAAUGGCGUAGGAGGAACUGGCCGAAGCGUAUCUCAAAGGGCAUGACAACGGCUCCACAGGGGCUCGAGAAAACCAAGGGCUCCUUCUUCGGUGGAUUUAGUGAUGAGAAGGUCCAAAUCACCACCGACCACGUCAGGUGAAGAGAAAGACAGCAAAACAUGAUCAGAGUGUUCGCAUAUUUUGUGUCAUUCCUUGUCAGUCCGCGGAUGAACAUAUAACCCAUUCUGUGCAAAAGUGAUACAGAUGAACGGAACGGAAUGUCUAUUUUUCCGAAAGUUUACCAAAGACGUUUACUCUUCUAGGAGGAGGGUAUAGAUUGCCAAGAUAUUUUUCAAAUGUUCUGAAACUACCAUUUACAUUUAAGCUACGUUACAAUGGCUAAAGUCAGGAGACAGGUGUUUCCAUCAACAACAUAAUUUGUCAAAGUAGAUGUCUUUCAAUGUUUUUAUAACAAUUUUUUGAGGCCAAAGAUUUUCAAAGCCCAAGGGCAAAAAAAAUGAAAUUCACAUUAAGAAUUUGAACCAAAUGAGGGCAUUUUGGUAAGUUUAUAGAAGACUGGAGAUUUUAUUGAUAUAUUUAUAAAGAAAUGAUAAACCAAAGAAAGGCUUGUGAUUAUUAUCCGUAUUAGUCUAUAAUAAAAGUAUUUCAAGAUUUGAGAAAGAUUUUGUUGUUUUCAGAAAAGCCAAAAAGUCAUUUUAGUAUUAGGUCUAAUUAGUCAAACUAGAACAGUGUAGCAAUUUCUGUUUUUGCUCAAAUGUUGCAUCUAUACGCUACAGAACUGUUCUGCAGAAAAUGUCUAGCUCAAAAGUUGCCAUAAGCUAUUCCACUUUCAGCACCGAAUAUGAUGUAAGUAUCUGUAUUCGUGUUGAAUUACUCGGCUACAAUUUGUGAGCAGUUAAUUUGUUUCAGAAGUAACAAAUGUCCGUAUUUUGUCCACACUUUAACGAUAUUCUGUAAAAUGUAGAAAUGGCUCUUGUUUAGAUCACUCAGUCGUCUCCCUUUCUCUUCAAAGAAAGGGACCAUUUGGAGAAAUUAACCACAGUGACCUUUAAUUUAAUAUUUUCUCUUAUCGUUCCCCCUUUCUGCAUUCUCUUCUCCCUCCUCCACCUUUUCU